UAAUGCGUCUCUGACGUGUAUCAAGGAGCACCGGAACAUUUUGCUUGCUGAGGCCAUGUGGUUUUUGCUAUAAUUUGUUCACCGUUUUUUGUCGCAUUUUGAAGUUUUAUGUUUAGUUCCUGAUAACGGAUACUCUUUGAACACUGUGACGAAUUAAGAUACACCCAGUAAGUUGAAUAUAGCACCGAAUUAAUUUAAUGAGUAAAACGAUGGCUGCACUAGGGCAAGACGAGGACAGUGACGAUACCAUGGAUGAAUUUAUGGAGAAGUUUAAAACACAGAAAUACAAAAAUGCGUUUAAUGAAAGCAACUGGGAGGAGGAGUUUGAUAAGGUGCCCAUGUUUAUGAAGAAAGUCCCAGAAAACAUAGACCCAGAGAAACAGCCUGAUCUCGCCUGCAUUCAGUCUAUUAUCCAUGAUGAUGACAGAACACCUGAAGAGAAAGCCAGAAGUCUUAAGGAUGAGGGAAAUGAGUACUUUAAGGAGAAGAAUUAUAAGAAAGCUAUAGUGUCUUACACGGAAGGCUUGAAAAAGAACUGUAUGGAUAUUGAACUCAAUGUAGUUUUGUACACCAACCGUGCAGCUGCACAUUUCCAUUUAGGAAAUAUGCGUUCAGCUUUGAAUGAUGCCACAGCUGCUAAGAAACUGAAGCCAGACCACAUUAAAGCUAUAAUCAGAGGUGCACAGUGCUCAAUGGAGCUGCGUAAUUAUGCAGGAGCAUCGCAGUGGUGUGAUGAAGGUCUCAAACUUAAUCCCACCGACAAGAAACUACAGGAGCUGAGAGCCACUGCAGAAAAACAGCAGAGGGAAGCUGAAAGAGAUGCCAGAAAGGCAAAAAGUAAAGCCAAGAAGGAGCAGAAUGAAAAAGAAGCGUUGUUAGCUGCCAUUAAGGAGCGUGGCAUUAAACUUCUGAAGACCAAGCCUGCUCGACACAGGGGUUCAGACAGUGAGGAUGAUGAUGGUGGUGGAGGGGUGUCUAGAGCCCUGAUGGAUCUGGAGCUUGAUGGAAUCAGCUCUCAGAAGGCCACAGGAGCUCGUGUUAAUAUGGAUGAGCAGGGAGUCCUUUACUGGCCAGUGCUGUUCCUCUACCCUGAGCACAGCCAGACGGACUUCAUAUCUGCUUUCUGCGAAAACUCCAGCUUCAUGGACCAUUUGGCAGUUAUGUUUGGUGAAGAGCUUCCCCCCUGGGAUUCAGAAAGAAAAUAUCAGCCACAAAAUCUACAGCUGUUUUUUGAGGAUCCUGAGCAAGGAAACCUUUAUCAAGUUAAUCUUGAAAAUUCACUUCUUAACGUUCUACAGCACCAAAGGUGCUUAGUGAAGGCAGGGACACCUAGUUUCAUUGUGCUGGUAUCAGGCUCUCCAUUUUCUAAGCAGUUUUUAUCAGGAAAAAAGGUCCAGAGAUUGAAAUGAUGUUCUGUUUGGACCUUGAAAGACUUUGAACGCCUUGGCUAUAAAUAACCCUCCUGCUAUUAAGGAUAUUUCUGCUUACCCCACCCCUUGAGAAAUCUCUCGAGAUUAAGGCAGAACUUUGAAGUGGAUUUCUUUUGCAGCAACAUCAAUGAUUCACCUUAAAAGCAUGAACCAUCCCAACCUCCACCCAUUUUGGAGGGGAAAAAUGUCUUUCAUGUGCAAUUUGAGAUCUAAAACAUUACAGGUGUAAAAUACAGUUAUCAGACUGAUUGAACUCUGCAUUUUUACCAUUGCUCAUAUUGUUCCAAACCAGUAUGACUUAAUUUUUUUCAGCAGAACACACAAGAAAAGAUUAACAUUGGUGGCUUUUGACUUUCAUUUGUAUUUACAGAAAACAAUAAGACAUUUCUUAAAAUAGCUUUUAUGUUCCGCAAAAGAAAGUAAUUCAUAAAAAUAUGAGUGUGAAUAAAUGAUGACAACU